AUGGUACCACUCAGCCGCCGACCGAUGCAACACAUUGACCGCAGGGACUUGUACACCAACCUAGAAACACGAAUCCAAUACCUCCACUCCUUCCUAGACUUCAGCUCACGAGACAUUGAAGCCCUCAGCACCGGCUCAAAAUACAUCCGCGCCCUGAUCCCCGCCGUCGUCAACAUCGUGUACAAGAAACUCCUACAGUACGACAUCACGGCGCGGGCGUUUGAAACGCGGUCGACGUCGUAUGAAGGGCCUGUGGAUGCCAAUCUCUCCGAGGACUCGCCCCAGAUUCUGCACCGAAAAAUGUUUCUACGGGGCUACUUGAAUAAACUCUGCAGCGACCCGAGCACCAUGGCGUUUUGGGAGUACCUGGAUAAAGUCGGGAUGAUGCACGUGGGGCAAGGACGGACGCACCCGUUACAUGUCGAGUAUGUGCAUAUUGGGGUGACGCUGUCGUUUAUACAGGAUGUCAUCACAGAAGCGUUGCUUUCGCAUCCGCGGCUGAAGAUGGAGCGGAAGAUUGCAUUGAUCAAGGCGCUGAGCAAGGUGAUUUGGAUUCAGAAUGAUCUUUUUGCAAAGUGGUAUGUCAGAGAUGGGGAUGAGUUUGCGGAAGAGCGACUUGUGCCGGAGAUUGAGCCGGAAGGGUAUUUGCAUGGGAAGAAGAUGCUGCAGGAGGACGGUGGGAGUGAGGAAGAGGAGUCGAAUACGGAGGGUGGGUCGUGCCCGUUCAAACACUUGUCAGCGCCCGCAGGGACAGGUGGAAGUGGCGAUGAUGCAUUGCGGAAUAGUAUGGAAGGGCUGAGCCUCGAAGGCUCUUGA